ACGUUAAAUUUAUAAAAAAAUGUCAGUCUCCGUGCAGCCUCGGACAUGGACAGCUCCAAACGAUUGGCAGAGACAGAUUUAGAAUGGGCGGUCGGGAUAAAUCGGACUUCCCUGAAAAUCCUCGGUCUUUGGCCCGACGAUAAGCUGACUCGCCGACAGAGUCUCGUCGCAGAUGCGCGAGCCUUCUCAAUUUUCCUUCUGAUGAUGCUCACGGCGAUCUUGCCCCAGAUGUUCGCCAUGUUCCAUGUGUGGGGCGACAUAAUGGCGUUCACCGACAACCUGCAGCUUUCCGUGCCCUUCUCGGUGACCGUCAUGAAAUUCUUCAUCAUGUGGAUCCGCAAAGAAGAGCUCAAGCCGCUCGUGAACAUGAUCGUGAACGAUUGGUUCAAGACAAAAACAGCGCUGGAACGGGCCACCAUGAUCAAGCAGGCGAGGAUCGCCCGCACGAUCGUCAUGCUUGGCGGGAUUAUGAUGACUCUGGCGAGUAUCAUUCUCAUCAUACCACCAUGCUUCGGCUAUUCGAUGAGGUACGUGACGAAUAUCACGGACUUGGGCAAGCCGUUGCUGCUGCAAUCGUAUUUCUUUCGCGAAAUAGAGAGUCCGUUCUUCGAGGUCGCGUUCAUCGGUCAAGCCUUAUCGAUUUCCUUGGCGGCGAUCUCUUACACGGGCAUCGACAAUUUCCUAGGCCUAGUUGUGUUUCACAUAUGCGCCCAACUCGACCUCCUCAAGUACCGUUUGCUCAACUUGCACAACUUCCGAGACUUCAACGCUAGCUUGUCCUACAACGUUAAGGAUCACCUACGUCUGAUCAGGUCCGUCGAUGCCAUCGACAACACAUUCAAUCUGAUGCUCUUGGCACUGUUACUGUUUUUCGGCAUAUUAUUCUGUAUGCAAGGAUUUCUGAUAAUUAGCAUCAUCGACGGUAACGGCGGGGACGUUAGCAUUAUGCGAAUAUGUUGGCUCGUUUCGAUACUUAUUAAUACGUUCGCUCACAUGUGCCUGUACUGCAUAGUCGGCGAGAUCCUCAUAGCCAAAUGUGAUGGGGUGUAUUAUGCAACGUAUGGUUUGGCCUGGUACACACUGAAGCCGAACCAAGCCAGAGACAUGAUGCUGAUGAUGAUACGAGCUGAGAAGCCUCUGUAUAUUACCGCCGGCAGGAUAUUCCCCAUGACAAUGUCGUUGUUUUGUAGCGUAAGGCAUUCGCAAUUUGAUAAAGACAUCGGCUGGAUAUAUAUCCGUAUUGCUUACUAAUCGUUAAUGCCCCGAAAUUGAGUGAAAAUUCGUGUAAGAGUUUUAUAAAACAUACAUCGCAAACGGGGAACAAUGAAUUGUUUAAACGUAUUAUACGUAAUAAUUAUACCUAUAUGCAUUUUACGUUGAAUGGUGAUCUACAGUGCAAUUGUUUUGAAUAAAGAACAAAUGUGUAUGUGUGUAUAUGUAU